AAUAUAUAGUAUACAUGCUUUUAAUCCUUUCUUCAGUCAUUUCCCUUUGCCUCUCUGUUUCUUCAAACUCAAAUUCCAAAGCAAAAGCACUCAUUGCAAAGGAAAAGCACUUCUCCUUCUUCUUUUUCUUCUUGAUUCUCCUCCCAUAGCCAUGUCUACUGAGGCUGCUGCAGUACCUGUGCCUGCUGAUGAUCAGCCAAUUGUGGAAAAAGUUCAUGAAGAAACACAUGAGGUUAAGGAGAGUGACAGUCCUCAUCCACCCAAACCUGAUGAGAAAAAGGAUGCAAAGGAAGAUCUUGUAGCAGAGAACUCUGGUUCAGAGGUCUCUACAACCAAGGUUGAAGAAACACCAGUGGAUAACAAGAACCAGACCGAGACUCCUGUCGUUGUUGAGGCUGAGAAGGUUGAUGAUGUUCUGGGCGAAGUAGUCUCGGAAGAGAUUGAAAGUUCUGAUAAGGAGCCAGGGCAAUCGUCCACAAAAGAAUCAGCUAGUGAAACAGUUGAAGCAGUUGAAAAUGUACCAGUGGAGAAACCAGCAGCUGAGUCAGUUGAAGAUAAUCCGGUUAAGAAAAUAGAAAGUGAAGCAGUUGAGAAAGAAGCAGAGAAGGCAGAAGCCGUUGUAGCAAAUGAGAAGUCAGCUGGUGAAAAAGCAGAAGCAGUUGAGAAAGAAGCGGAUGAGAAGCUGUCUAGAGAAGAAGCUGAAGAAGUGGAUGAGAAAAAGCCAGUGGAGAAUGUAUCAUUUGAGGAAGUUGUGAAGGAAGCAGAGAAGGAUGAAACUAUUGAAGCAGUUGAGAAAGAAGACAAAAAGACGGAAGCAACUGAAGAAGCAGAUGAGCAAAAGCCAGUGGAGAAUGUAGCGACUGAAGAAGUUGAGAAAGAAGCAGAGAAGGAUCAAACUAUCGAGGUAGUUGGGAAAGAACCCGAAAAGACCGAAGCAAUUGAAGCAUCUGAUGAGAAGAAACCAGACAUCGAAGCAGUUGAGAAACAGAUAGAUGAUGAGAAGCCAAGGGUUGAAGCUUCUGAAGCUAUUACCUCAACCGAAGAAGCUGCUAGUCAGUCGGUGGAGGCGCCUUGUGAAACGCCUCUUGUCAAAGAUUCAGACACUGUAAGUGUAGUGGAGGGCAAGCAACAUGAACAGCUAAAAGAUUUAUUAGAGAUGGAGAGAAAUGUUGAGAAGGAACUCAAGACUGAAGAAAACGCUGCCACUUCUAGCUCUGCCUCAACCAUUGAGGAAGCACAAAAAAAUGAGAAAGAAGCUGAGAAAGAUACUGCAGUUCCUGAUGUAAAAAAGCCAGUUGCUGAGAACACCGAAAAAGAAGCAGGCGAAAAUGCUGCAGAGAAGGAUGAGGAGAAGAAGAUUGUGAAAACAGAACAAGAAACUGAAGAGAACGUUGAGAAGACUGAUGAAAAUGCUGCACAAGUUGCCGAUAGAGAUUUAGUCGCCGUGAAAGAUGUAGCAUCGGAGAAAGAAGAAGAGUACACGGACAUUAAAGAGAAUGACGUUGUUGUUGCGCCUUCUUCUGCCAUUGUUGAACCCGAAAGUAAGUUGGAGAAAACCGAAGAAGCGAAAACUGAGACUGCUGCCGAGAGACUUGAGGCCUCCAAAGAGGACGCGAAGCAAGAUGUUUCAGUAAAAGCACAAAAGCAGUCAGGUGGGAUCAUUUCGAAGGUGAAGCAGUCCAUUGUGAAGGUGAAGAAAGCGAUAAUUGGGAAAUCUCCAAGCUCAAAAGUGCUUUCCCCGGCACCAGAAGUCAAAGCAGAUGAACAAGUCAGUGUCAAGUAGUUCUUUUGGGCAGGAGAAGGAUAGUUUUUUAUGGAUUUUUAUUCACUGUGUAGUUGGUUUUUUUGGUGUUUCCCCAUGAGGGCAGAGACCAUGCGUUUUGCUUUGUGUGGGAUUUGCAAUGAGUUUUUUUUCUUUAUUCUUUUAGUUCUUUGGGCAGGAAAAAGAUAGUUUUUAUUGAUUUUUUUUACUUAUGGUUGUUUUGGUGAGUCUUUUGUGUGAAAUAUAAUCGAACGUUAUAUUUAUUUGUAUAUUACAUUUUUAAAGUUGUAA